CUCUUUGUUUCGUGUUUGCCUUUCUCAAUCUCAGCUAACUUUUAAAUUUUCAUGUUCAAUUAUAAUUUAAUUAAACGUGGUUUACUUGAAUAAUAAAAACAAUGACUCUUGAUUUUUUCUUUUUUUUUUUUAAAAAAAAAAUUUGGACACCCAUGAACAAGAAGGCAAAUUCAUUGCAGGUUUCCCUAUAUAAACCCCUCUCUGCCUCCAUUUUUCUUCCCCCUCCUCCUCUUCUUUCCUCUCUAUUAUUAUCAUCAGAGCCCUUUUUUUGCCUUCUCUAAGCUUUCAAAUCUCUCUCUAUUUUUCUCCAAAUCUUCACUUGGUUUGAAGAUAAACAAUGGAGUACGAGGAUCGCUAUCUCCAAGCACAAAGGCCUAAAUAUGACUGCCUUCUGUUUGAUCUUGAUGAUACCCUUUAUCCACUCAGCUCUGGCCUUGCAAAAGCAUGUGGCCAGAAUAUUAAAGAUUACAUGGUUGAGCACCUUGGGAUAGAGAAGGGCAAGAUCACUGAACUUGGUAACCUUCUGUACAAGAACUAUGGGACAACAAUGGCCGGCCUCAGGGCAAUUGGCUAUGACUUCGACUACGAUGAGUACCACAGUUAUGUUCAUGGGAGAUUACCCUAUGAGAACUUAAAACCAGACCCUGUCCUGAGGAGUCUGCUGCUGAGCCUUCCUAUUCGAAAAGUUAUCUUUACAAAUGCAGACAAAAUACAUGCCCUGAAAGUUCUUGCCAUGCUUGGCUUGGAGGAUUGCUUUGAAGGGAUUAUUUGUUUUGAGACUCUAAACUCUACCCAUAAAAGCACCAUCUCUGAUGAUGAAGAUGACAUUGAUUUUGUGGGAUCAUCUGCUGCUGCUGCUGCAACUACUAGUAAUGGUCCUGAAAUUUUUGACAUUAUUGGUCAUUUUGCUGAAGCAAACCCAAGCUCUGCGUUACCAAAGACUCCUAUUGUCUGCAAGCCAUCAGAAAUUGCCAUAGAAAGAGCUCUUCAGAUAGCUAAUAUUAAUCCUCAGAGAACCUUGUUCUUUGAGGAUAGUGUCCGCAACAUUCAGGCUGGAAAACGAGUUGGUCUUCACACUGUGCUGGUUGGGACUUCUCAGAGGGUGAAAGGAGCAGAUUAUGCAUUAGAAAGCAUCCACAAUCUGAGGGAAGCAGUUCCAGAGCUAUGGGAAGCUGAAAUUAAGACAGAAGUUGGAUACCCUGGAAAGGUUCCAAGGGAGACACCUGUCACUGCUUAAGACAUUUUGUUUACUUGUAAUGAGCUCAAGCAUGGAAAUGGAGAGAUGAUCAAUGAUCUCAGGAUCUCAUGAUCAAUCAAUUAUUACACGGUCUACCCACUAUUGCCCACUCGGAUUGACUCAGCACAUCAUUCUAGAUGAAAAUCAACAACUCAUUGGUCAAACCCUUUUGGCAGAAAUAAUAAUAAUGAUAAUAAAAAAAUUCUAAUCAAUUCAUAUUUCCCUUUUACUA